AUGGCCGACGCAACGCCCUCACAAGUGCGCCAGAACUACCAUCCCGAAUGCGAGGCCGCUGUCAACGACCACAUCCACGUGCAGCUCUACGCCUCCUACGUGGCUCUGUCCUUGGCCUUCUACUUCGAUCGCGACGACGUGGCACUGAAGGACCUUGCUGGCUACUUCCUGAAGCGCUCACAGAUCGAGAGGGAGCGCGCAGAGAAGCUGAUGAGGAUGCAGAACCAGCGCGGAGGCCGCAACGUCUUCCCCAGCAUCCACAAGCCCGACCGCUAUGACAAGGAGAGCGCCCUCGAGGCCAUGGAGAACGCCGUCUUCCUGGCCAAGUGCAUCAACCAGAGCCUCCUGGAUCUGCACGAGCUGGCCACCAGCAUGGGUGACGUCCACCUCUGCUACUUCCUGGAGACCCACUAUAUGCAGCAGCAAGUCCAGGACAUUGAGGAGCUGGGGGGCUACUUGACCAACCUACGCGAAAUGGGGGCGCCAAACGUCAGCACGGUGGAGUACCUCUUUGAAAAGCUCAUGCUGGACCAGGGCGACAAGGAGAACUGA